AUGUACGAAGACGACGACGAGGAGUACAGCGCGCCGGUGGGCACGGCCUUUGCGCCGCUGGAAGCGGAUGAAAUCGUCUCGCGCAAGCCGGAGAUUGAUCAGACGGUCCGAGAUGAACGCGGACGAAGGCGCUUCCAUGGCGCCUUUACCGGCGGCUUCUCCGCCGGUUACUGGAACACCGUCGGCUCGGCGGAGGGCUUCACGCCGCAGAUCUUCAGCAGCUCCCGGGUGAACAAGGCUGACAGACAGAAGGGAGCGAAGGGAGCCCGGCCGGAGGAUUUCAUGGACGAUGAGGACUUUGGCUCCUUUGGCAUCGCCCCGAAGAGGAUUCACACGAAGGAGGACUUUGCGGAGAACAGCUCCUUUGCAGGACUGCGUGAUACCAGCCUAACAUUUGACGAUGUCAUCAAGUCGGUUUUUGCCCCUUCAAAACAGUCCAUCGGCAUGCGACUCUUUCAAAAGAUGAAGCGGCACGUCAAGAUGGAGCAAAAGGCUCGGCAACGUGACCUGUUUCUCCUGCAACAGGAAGAUCGACAGUCAAGCAGCAGCAACAGGAGCAUUUCUAGCAAAAACACCACCAAAGAGACGCUGCAGUACGAGACGAAGGGCGACCUUCACGGCCUCGGCUACAACGGCGCCCUCGACCCGGACAACUUCCUCUACGGCGACCCGACGAAGGCGCUCGCCAAGCCGGAGGCCGUGUCGGCCACCCUGGGCGGCGGUCGGCGGAUUAAAAUCUCCGGCGAAGCCUUUGGCUACGGCGCCCUGGAGGAGGAGGACGACUACAUGAUGGGCGCCUCGGUGUACGGCACUGAUGACAUGUCGCAGUACGACUUUGCCCUGGGCGGGCCGGCGCCCAAGGAGAAGGACCGGCGGAAGAGACGAGCCGNCGGCGCCCUGGAGGAGGAGGACGACUACAUGAUGGGCGCCUCGGUGUACGGCACUGAUGACAUGUCGCAGUACGACUUUGCCCUGGGCGGGCCGGCGCCCAAGGAGAAGGACCGGCGGAAGAGACGAGCCGGCCCUUACGGUACUCUGAGCGGCAACAGCCUUCAGCUGGAGGGUUUCGAUAAGGCCACAGCGCGGUCUAGUCUGUUUGCAGAGAUGCGCCGGCACUAUCGCCCACCGGAGGUGCCCAACAACUGGCGCCCGAAGAGGCGGAGGAGGAAGAAGGCAGAAGGGGAAGAGCCUAAAAAGUCUCGCUGGGGCGCCAAAGUUGGAGAGCAGACACAACCGCUGACGACAACUAUAGAAAGUGUGGGCGAUUCUGGCAAAACUCCACAGCAGCCCACGCUCAAUGCAAACCUUAGAGCUGUGAUCUUAGGCGAAGAGGUAGUUCAUCGAAUGGGAGUUGCCAAGCCAAAGAUGCCACCACCACCGCCUCCUCCUCCUCCUCCACAAAGCAAACCGUUGGAAAAUCAACAACAACAACAACAUUCCACCACCACUACCACCGCCUCCUUUCCACAGAAGCCACUGUCCGGCUUCUUUGCCUCCCGCUUCACUCGAGGCUCCUCUGCUCUCGAUGAUCCCACCAUCUCCGCCGGACUGAGCACCUUUAAGGAUCUCUCCUCAACGCCUGGCUUUGAGGCUGGAGGUCAGCGAAGAGGAGGAGAUGAAGAGGAAGCCGCCGAGGAGAAGCCGCCCACUCGAACUACCUACCAGUGGCACCCGCAUAGGCUGGUCUGCCGGCGGUUCGGCCUGCAGCACCCCUUUCCGCAAUUUCCCGACGUAGUCGGCAUCGUCUCCGUCGACCGGGGCGGUCAGAAGACGCGGAACAUGACCUCCACGCUGCAAAGUGUCAAGCAGGCGAAUCAGCUGGGCAGCAGCAGCACACGGACGCUCUUUGNGUCUGCCGGCGGUUCGGCCUGCAGCACCCCUUUCCGCAAUUUCCCGACGUCGUCGGCAUCGUCUCCGUCGACCGGGGCGGCCAGAAGACGCGAAACAUGA